GUGGUGAGAGCAGCGGCAGCGAGGACGACAGCGAGCCGGGCAUCAAGCUGAACAGGAAACAGCGCCGCUCGCGCACCACCUUCACCGCCGAGCAGCUGGAGGAACUGGAGAGGGCCUUCGACGUCACCCAGUAUCCGGACGUCUACACGCGAGAGAAGCUCGCCAUCAAGACCACGCUGACUGAGGCACGCGUUCAGGUGUGGUUCAGUAACCGACGGGCGCGGCUCCGGAAACAACUCAACGCCCAGCACCACGUGACCUCGAGCGGCGCGUCACCGGCCGGUCACGUGACGGCCGCGGGCCCUGCUGCCCCGUACGGCGCCGGCUGUCACCCGGCCGACGCCGGCGGCUCCAGCGUGCAAUAUGGCCAGCCAUGGACGGCCCAGCCGAGCUCCCUCGGUUACCCGGACUACCUGCAGGCGGCCUCCUCGUCACAGAUGACGUCAUCGGUGAACCAGUACACCGCCGGUAUGACGUCAUUCGCCGGCGGCGUGCACCCGACCUCCAUGGCCGGCUGGCCGGGCUUCACGACCGACAAUAGUUUCUUCGGCGGCAGCACAGCAGCGAUGAGCGGCUACCCGACCGGGUACGGGAUGCAGGCGCACUUUCCUGACACCAAACCGGCAGGCUUCCACCCGUACUCGUGAUCGACAACAACAGCGGUCCGGCACCCAGGCACAGUGGGGACUAGGUCUGAUGCGUGUGUUUUUACCAGAGGUGUAGUUUUGAAGUAUAUGAGGACAGGGCGGAUUAGUAGGCGGUUGAGAUGUGUGCCUUGGUGGAAGGGUGGCAGACUAAUGCAUGUCUUCGCUCUGGGGUCACAUGCAUAGUUGCUCGACCCGCUGAUUCCCAAAUGGGUGUGUGAAAACAUGUCAAAGAAAGAGCUAGACGUCUAACUCUUUCUUCUCAAAGUUCACACCUCACCGUCUUGACGACAGCUCGUCUCGUGAUAGCCUUGCGUAACGGCGACAGUGCCAAUGUUCAGUGCCACCAACAUACAAUAAAUACUGGACGAGACGUCUACUAAAUAUCACGUUACGCGCUGUUACCAAUCUUGUGUUGACAAUAACUGUGCCUCCAUCGGUCAUGCGUGGAUAGAUUACCUCAUGCAGCGCGCUGCUUGGCUAAAAUGCUAUAGUUAGUUAUGAAAGAGUCUUCCAAAUUGGCCUUAAUAGUGCAUCAUGGCACGAGAAUUCUUCGUAACAAUAGUUGAUAGUUCUAUCUAGGGCAUGUGUCGCCUUCUCUUUCCGCUGUGUGGGAUAGGAUAGGACAUUUCAGUUAGAAUUGUGCGCUUCCUGCUUCCCUUGUUUUACAAAAUGUAUUUAUGCUAUGUUCAUCGUUUGCUUGUGCCAAUUCUGUGCCAUUACUUGCAUGUGUGUGCGAUUCGGGUGUAAGAUUUUUCAGUUCGUCUAGUGACAUAUUUUCUCGUGUAUAUGCUCUAUAAAUAGGUGUUGAUGUUUUGCAUAACUCGUAUUAUAAAUGUAUUGUUUUGUUCAGGUUUUACACAGCUGCUGUGUAUGAGACAUGUGCCAUUUCUUUCUAAUACAUCUAUCUACUUGUAGACGGUU